UUGUGUAGAUCGAAUGAAACUGUCAACGAGAAUACGAAAAUUGUGGGAAACAAGAUUGUUCUCGUCCCGUAUGAGAAGGAACACGUCCCAAACUAUCACAAGUGGAUGGAAGAUGACGAGAUACGGAGGCUGACUGGUUCAGAGAGAUUGUCACUUGAUGAGGAAUAUGAAAUGCAACGGAACUGGCGAGUUGACGACGAUAAACUGACUUUCAUCAUCUUAUCAAAGGCAAAAAUGGACAGCGGCUGUACAGAGGUAGACUGGUACUAA